AUGAAGUCCACCGCCCUUGCCUUCCUCGCGCUCGCCGCGCUCGCCGCCGCCUCGGACGUCACUGUCAGCGUCAACGGCGUCGACCGUGUCUUUACAGUCCACGGCACGUCCCCGUGCUCGGGCAGCGACCCGACCCGCGUCGGCAUGUGCCCCGGCCCGCAGGAAUUCCUGCAUUACGGCUCGUGCUGCGUGCAGCUGCCGGAGCGAACGACCGUCGUCAUGGGCUGCAUGCCGCUGCGGUCCCCGGUCGACACGUGCGAUGCGCUCGCCGCGUCGCUCGGCCACCCGUCGGUGCCGUCGACGCCGUCGGAGGUCCUGACGGCCGCUCCUGCUACCCAAAACGCCAUCACGACGUCCGCACCCACGGAUGUCGCCACGUCUGCGCCAUCGGAUGCCACCACGCCCGCACCCAAGGAUGCCGCCACGCCCGCACCCAAGGAUGCCGCCACGCCCGCACCCACGGAUGCGACCACGCCCGCGCCGUCGGAUGCGACGCCCGAGCCAACGACCGACGCUGCGCUGCCCCUCAACGGCACGCGCGUCCAAAGCCAAGCCAUGACCGACAACAGCAAGGCCGGUGCCACCAAUGCGAACGACGGUGCGGCGAGCACGACGGCCACGAUGGCUCUCGCGGUCGGCUGCUGCGCCGCCGCGCUUGCGGUUGUCGGCGGCGUCCUCGUGGCGCGCAAGAAGAACGAAUCCGCGGCCAUGGCCGCGUCGCCCAACACGCCGCCGCAGCCGAUGAGUCUCCCGGUCGGCUACGGGGAUGAGAGCCCGAUCGAUGAAGACUCGCUCACGCCGUUGAGUGCUGUCGUGUGCAUGUAA